AUGUAUCAUUCCUUUUUUUUGUUUUGGUACAGGUACCCAGAUGGUACGGUCAAACUUCGAAAUCCUAACAUAGAACUUAUGGACCAAGAUAUAUUGUAUCAUUUAGCUUUGGGUAGCGAAUCUCACGAUUUAGUAUCCAUGUUCGGAGACGUUAAGUUCGUUUGUUUGGGGGGCACGCCGAAAAGAAUGGAACAAUUUGCUUUUUACAUAAUGGAAGAAAUCGGACAUAAACUCCCGUGCGGUACGACGCUUCAAGACAUUUCUAGAUUUUCCUAUCGUUAUUCAAUGUAUAAAGUAGGACCGGUUUUGUCCAUCAGCCACGGAAUGGGUAUACCCUCUGUCGGUAUCCUUUUACACGAAAUAAUCAAACUCAUGUAUCACGCCAAAGUUAAGGAUCCGAUAUUUUUUAGAAUUGGAACUUGCGGUGGUGUCGGCGUCGAAGGUGGUACGGUUAUUAUAUCGGAAGAAGCCGUCGAUGGUUUGGGCAGAGCAUUUUUGGAAACGCCGGUUUUGGGAAAACUCGUGCAACGUCCAGCCAAACUUGAUAAAAAACUUGUGAGAGAUUUGAAAGCUAUAGCAGAUCCCGAUGAUCCUUGGCAAACCGUUUCUGGAAAAACAAUGUGCACCUAUGAUUUUUACGAAGGUCAAGCACGUCUCGAUGGAGCCUUUUGCGAAUUUUCCGAACAAGAAAAAAUGAAUUAUUUGGAAUCACUUCACAAGACUGGAGUUAUAAACAUCGAAAUGGAAUCUUUGUCAUUUGCCGCAUUAACUUAUCACGCUGGAAUCAAAUCGGCCGUGAUUUGCGUUGCACUCUUGGAUCGUUUCAGAGGAGAUCAGGUUCUAGCACCGAAAGAAGUGCUUGACGAAUGGCAAGAAAGACCUCAAAAACUCGUUUCGAAAUACGUUAAAAAAUAUCUUUCGACAAAAGGUAGAUUGUCUUCGGUGAGAGGUCACGGUUCCAUGUGCGUAAAAAGUCCAAGACGUUUCAAGCUGGUGCAACAAGAAUCAGAAAAUUACGAUUAA